GAGGAGGUGGGAUUGGUCUCCCAACUUCAGCAACUUGACCUCUCAAUGAACAAUCUAAGAGGAUCAGUUCCAAAACAGCUAGGGAGAUGCAAGAACCUGCUUUACUUGAAUUUGAGCAAGAAUAGAUUCAACGGCAGCAUUCCAGGUGAAAUUGGUAAAUUAGUUUCCCUACAGAUCCUACUUGACCUUAGUGAUAACUUGUUCACAAGAGAGAUCCCUUGGCAGCUUGGAAGCUUGGACAAGCUAACAAUUUUGAAUCUCUCUCAUAAUAAGCUGUUUGGUUCCAUUCCGUCUACUUUCUCUGAAAUGCUCAGCUUGAUAACCAUUGAUGUAUCCUACAAUGAGUUAGAGGGUCCUCUACCUGAUACUAUAGCCUUUCAAAAUGCUUCAAUGGAAGCUUUCAUUCACAACAAAGGUUUGUGCGGCAAUGUAACAGGUUUGCGACGACCUUGCAUUUCUUCAUCAUCGACCAAAAAACAAAUCCCAAAACAGAGCCACAAAACCAUGCAUCUUAUCAUAUCUCUCAUAGCAAUAUUGUUGUUUCUUCUAUUUGCAUUUCUUGGGGGGACUUUUUUAUUUUUUGGCCGAAGAAUGAGAUGCAUAAAUGAGGAGGACCCAAUUACAAACCAACAACGUAGAGAUCUGUUUACGAUAUGGAACUAUGAUGGGAAGAUAGCAUACCAAGACAUCAUUGAUGCAACAGAACAAUUUGACCCCAAGUAUUGCAUUGGUGUGGGAGGACAUGGAAGUGUUUAUAAAGCAGAGUUGUCAACAGGUCAACUGGUAGCUGUUAAGAAGAUCACUUCUUCUUCAGAUGACAACGAGAUUUCUGAUCAUGAAACUUUCAAAAAUGAAAUUCUUAUGAUGACGGAAUUGCGGCAUCGAAAUAUCGUGAAGUUGUAUGGUUUCUGUUCCCACGUACGACACUCAUUUUUGGUGUAUGAAUAUGUGGAGAAAGGAAGCUUGUCUAAGAUCCUAAGCAUGGAUGAAGAAGCGGUAGAAUUGGAUUGGACUAAAAGGGUUAAUAUUGUUAAAGGUGUAGCCCAGGCUCUAGCUUACUUGCACCAUGACUGCUCACCCCCAAUCAUUCAUCGAGACAUAUCAAACAACAAUAUUUUGUUGGAUUCAGACUUUGAGCCUCAUGUCUCAGACUUCGGCAUUAGUAGAUUUUUAAAGCCUGAUUCAUCCCAUUGGACAGCUCUUGCAGGAACAUAUGGAUAUUUUGCACCAGAACUUGCUUACACAAUGAGGGUGACUGAAAAAUGUGAUGUCUAUAGCUUUGGUGUGGUAACAUUUGAAGUGAUGAUGGGAAAGCAUCCAGGAGAACUCAUCCCCACUUUGCGAUCAUUAUCCUCUUCAACAUUACCAUCUUCUGAACAAAACAUACUAUUGAAGGAUAUAAUUGAUCAACGCAUCUCACCCCCCAUAAAUCAAGUUGCUGAGAAAUUGGCUUCGAUUAUGAAGCUGGUAUCUUCUUGUUUGCAUGAAAAUCCACAUUCUCGGCCAACCAUGCAACAUAUGUCUCAAGAGCUAUCAAUUUGCAGUGUUCCAAAACAACUCCAUGCAUUGAAUCUUGAGAUGUGAAUUUAGUCCAAGAGAUGAAGAAAUUGUGUUGUUUAAGCUCGUUUACUCUUUUCCUUCCUGUGUGCUUAGUAUGUAAUGAAGAAGGCAGUUUGUUUGUCAUGCUUCUUAAA